ACAGCGGCACGGCACGAGUGAUAAGUGCCUGACCUAUCCAUCCGACCCCUGGCCUCUGUUUACGUUUACGCGUGCCGUCGCAAGUGCAGCGGUGCGAGCUCGAGCCCGCAGUGCACAACCGACGGCUGGAUUGCCCUUGCAUUUACUUUCCUUUUCCGAAAGGAGGCGUGGAUAAGAGAGACGAGGCCAGGCUUAGCGGCGGUCGAGCGGCAGCCGCCGCGCAACGCCAUUAGAUUCCAUCCUCCAGUUUCGUACCGGCGAAUCAGUCGGUCGGUCAGUCAGUCAGUCAGUCAGUCAGAGCACGAGAAGAUCGACGAUGAUGGGCCCAGCCAACAGCAGGCAGCAGCCGCUGAGCAACUCGUCUCCCGACCAGCCAAAACUCAUGAGCGGCGGCAAUUACAUCAAAGAGGGCACGGAUUCGUCCAAGAGCACCUGCUUGAUUUUCUCUCCCAAGGAGCAGGACGAAAUUGGCGCGCUCACGCGUUACCUCCUACUCUUCGCCAAAUACGACAUUAACCUGCUGCACAUCGAGUCGAGAAGCAGCUUGCGCCAAGCCGACGGCUACGAGUUUUUCGUGGAAUGCGCUCCUGGAGGCGACUUGGGCUCUGCUAUCAAAGAACUGCAACGGCAGUGCGGCUACUUCUCGAUAAUCUCGAGAAAUUACCGGGACAAUCUGGGAACAGUGCCGUGGUUUCCCCGCAGGAUCCGCGACCUCGACAAGUUCGCCAACCAGAUCCUGUCGUACGGCGCCGAGCUGGACGCGGACCAUCCGGGCUUCACCGACCCGACUUACCGCGCAAGGCGCAAGUAUUUCGCGGACAUCGCUUACCACUACAAAUACGGCCAGCCGAUCCCCAGAGUGGAGUACACCGAGGAGGAGACGAGAACCUGGGGCGCGGUGUUCGACAAGCUGACCGAGCUGUACCCCAGGUACGCCUGCAGGGAGCACAACCACGUGUUCCCGCUGCUCAUCGAGAACUGCGGCUACAGGCGGGACAACGUACCGCAGCUCGAGGACAUUUCCAACUUCCUGAAAGACUGCACGGGCUUCACGCUGCGCCCGGUGGCCGGGCUGCUGUCGUCGCGCGACUUCCUGGCCGGGCUGGCCUUCCGCGUGUUCCACAGCACGCAGUACAUCAGGCACAGCAGCAGGCCCCUGUACACGCCGGAGCCCGACGUCUGCCACGAGGUGCUCGGCCACGUGCCGCUGUUCGCCGACCCGGCGUUCGCGCAGUUCUCGCAGGUCAUAGGCCUGGCCUCGCUCGGCGCGCCCGACGAGUACAUCGAGAAGCUCGCCACGUGCUUCUGGUUCACCGUGGAGUUCGGCCUGUGUCGGCAGAACGGCGAGCUCAAGGCUUACGGCGCGGGCCUGCUCUCGUCCUUCGGCGAGCUCGAGUACAGUCUCAGCGGCAAGCCCGAGCUGCGACCCUUCGAGCCGGCCACCACGGCUCUGCAGAAGUACCCGAUCACCGAGUACCAGCCGGUCUACUUCGUCGCGGAGGACUUUGAGGAUGCCAAGGAAAAGAUGAUAAAAUUCGCCGAAACUAUACCACGAAACUUUGGCGUGAGAUACGACCCCUAUACCCAAUCAAUCAGCAUUAUCGACAGUAAAUAUCAGAUUGAAGAACUCGUAACAAAUGUCAAUCGAGAGGUGCAAAUCUUAAUGGACGCCUUGAAGAAGCUGAAAAAUUGAGGCAGUGCUAUAACAUUGAUGAAAAGUCUUGUCCAAAAAUUACCUCUAAUCUUUCAACUCAUUAUCGUUACUUUUAAGCCUUUUCUGGGAUUACAUGUGUCAUGUUUCUCGCAACACUCAUGCCAAUAUUUUCAAAGCUCCGCUGCUUUCUCAGCGAGAUUGUCGUAUUUAUACGACUAUUCGAAGAAAAGUGGGCUAAUGAUCGAUCCAUUUUAUUUAGACAGCAUUUUUAUUCAGAAUAAUUACAAAUAAACAAUUUGGAGAUACGCUCUUUUUGCAUUUUUAAUAUGAUAAAUAAAGUAAUAUUAACAUCUAUCGUUGACUCGAAUUGCAAUGACGUUUUCUUAAUAAGACGCAUAUUCAGAACCUCAUAACCCGAUCGUUAAAAAUUAAAGCCUUACGGAUUAACCGUACUCACUAUAUACCUUAGUCUACGAUAUUAUAUACAUAUCAUCAGUGACAUUCACGCAUGUUCAAGUACGUUAAAAUAUUUUAUUUUAAUUUAUAUAUCAUGUGAAUAACAAAAUAUAUUAUACAUUUGGACUGUUUAAAAGUAAAUUUACCCUGUGUAGCUUACAAUUUUACACUUUUUACAAUUUUUCAUCGAUUGGGCAUUGAACUAUUGCAAUCGAAACGCUGAUUAGGUUUUAUUUCUGAGAAUUUCAUUACGUGAUUGGAUAGUUGAUACCCUGCUCUUAACGUGUCAAAUAUAAAAUUGCUAUUUCAUUAUCCAACUAAUUUUAUGCAUUCAUACAAAGCGAUAUUUUGGUACAAUCAGUAUGCUUUUACUAGUUUUAUAAGGAAUAUCUUUAUACUUUACGUUACUUCGCGGUAUUUUCUUGGUAAACAUAAUCUUCUCUUAUUUAUUCCUGUAAAACAUAAUACAUUUUGCGCAGCUUGUCUUCAAACAGUCUAUUUACUUAAGAUCUCACCAGCGAAAGACUAUUCCUCAAAAUUUCAUUUGAAGACGUAAUAAAGCCAAAAGCUUUGUAACCAUUAAAGUCGUGGAUGGUUCUCAAAUUAUUCAGAUGACCAAUUUUUUUCUAGAUAUAUUCAUUCAAAAUAUAGAAAAAGAAUUUUUGUUUGCGUUUUCUUAUCGAUUAUCCAAAAAUAUAAAAUUUUAUAUUAUCUUAAAAUAAAAAACAGUUGAAAAAUUAAUUCUACUACAUUUUAUCGGUAAUUUUUAGACUGAAAUCCUCUGAAAUGCCAAUUAUAUCAUUAGUAUACACCAGUCGUACUUAGAUAAGUUAUACUUAAAAAUCUGUUACUUUUGAAUCAUGAAAGGCACUGCGAUAUCAUCGUAUUUGCUAGAGUUCAAAUGUGAGUAGUAAAAUAUGUUCAUGUAACCGGCUUCUCGCUCUGCACUUGGACUUGAAUCAAUUAUGAGUAAGAUCUGUCAAUCAAAUCUUACAGUGCCUUCAUUCGGGAAAAACUUAAUUUUUAAAUUUGAUCUUGAGUAUGGUAUCGAUAACAAUCGCACAGUGCAUUCAAAGAAUAAAUUGGCAUGGGUCAAUUAAUUUACUUUAAUUCACAUAGAAAAACUAUAUCAAUAUGCUUAAGAAUAGUUCUUUUGUCUACACUCCUCAUGUACACUAUUAAGCUCGAUCAAAAUCAAUUAUCACAAUUAUUAUAAUUACUAAUAUUUCUUUGUUUUAUUCUUAUCCAAAGUAUCCAAAUUUUCGUAACUUGAAUUACAGAAAAUUUUCCUUUAAUUCGAUUUAUUUGUUUUCCUUCAACUACGUCAAUAGAUAGGUAAUAUACGUUUAUAAUUCGACGAAAGUAUAUUAUGAAGUUCAUGAUAUUUUAAUGACAUUCUCGAAAGAGAUGAUAAAUCACGAGAAAAUCACAAAAUCUCAAGCACCGUCCAUUGAUUCUGUCCACUCCAUUUCGAAUUGAAAAUGUCAGUUUGUAGAACUUGCAACACGGCAUGAUUUAAAUGCCUUCUGUUGCGUCUUUAGGAUAGGUGUGUUAUUUAAAACGUUUUUUGAAAUGAAAAGAAUUGUAUGAUGUAAUAUAAACUUAAACUUAAAAUUUAUUAUUUCAAGACUAAUUUAUGAGUGAUUUAAUAAUGUAAUAAGGGAUGAGUGGAUUCGUCAAUAAUAAAAAACGUUAUUUGUAUAAGAAAUUAUUUUAUUUUAUUUCUCAAUAAUUGGAAACAUUACAAAAGAUAGAAUUUUUAUUAUUCUUGGUAUCCAUAUUAAUAGAAUUUGAUUGUUGCAAUUGAUGAUCGACUAACCAAUCCUAUGAAAUGAAAUGCUUGCAUAUUUUUUUUAAGAGUAUAGCUUAUUACAUACACGUUUUAUUUUUUCAUCAUAUAAAUUUUUAUAAAGGUCAAGUUUAGGUAGAGACUCAUUUUAAUUUACUUCAGUUGUGAAGAAUAUUUAUAGAAAUACUUUUUCACAGCUGUAAUUAAUGUUUAAUGAAACAAACCCAUUGAAGUCAUGAAUACUGAUGACGUUUUAUCGAUCGCACAUAGUUUCAAAAGACUUGUUAAUCAAGCCUUAUAAUUUCAGCUAUCAAAAAAUUUUUAUGGAAUCUAACUCAAUUGUUGGUCACUGUUUCAGUUGAUGUAGAUGCAAAUGCUAUGUCAUAUUUAUGCAUAGUAAUUAUGUUUUGUCAUGUAGAUUGGGCAAGUGGAACUUCGAAAAAACAGCAUUUCUAUCUACCUUCACUGAGACAGUGAUAGCUGUGAUUAAUGCUCAAUGAGAAAGUCUUUUCAAGCCAAUUCCACCAUCUAAUAAUUUGUUUAUUUCCUCUUCUUUACUUACUUCAUUGAGUCCAAACUUCUACAUCCGCAUAGAUAAUAUCCUAAAAACAACCACAAAUUAUGAAAUUCUUUUAGUAACUUCAAAUGUGAUAAAAUAAAUAACACUUAUCUGAAUACAGUAUUGCAGUGAUGAUUCAUAAUUGAAUUUCUUUUUUAUUUAUUUUAUUUAAUUUGUUCUUAUACUGACUUGAUUUAACACAAUGCAGUACACUAUUGAAAACUUGGUUGUGUUAACAUACCUACGCAGGAAAAGACAUAUUUACAAGCUGAUAUUUUCAAUUUGAAAUGGGGUGGACAGAAUCAAUCUCUAGAAACUGUAUGAGCGAAUUUGAUGUGCGACGAGCCUAAUCGAAUGUCGCCAUGCGCACUCGACCAGUUGUCGAGCAUUCCGGGAGAUUUGAAGGGAAAAGCGAUUAAAAGAAGGCGAAGGCGCGUAGUUAAAACUUGUCAUUUAAUGAUAUUUACAAAAGUUUACAAGUACAGUUCGGGCCGCCAGAGAUUAGGGCAAAGAACAUGUAUUUGAGAUUACUUUUACAGAAAAAGGCGCGAAGCGAAACCGUUAGCCAGCAAGGCUUGCUGACUUAGAAAUGACUUUUGAAAAUAGAGGAAUAAUUGAAGUCGAAUGUCUUAUUUAUACAUGUCUUGGGACUACAGCCUGCUUCCUAGCUCGUUUGCAAGAUGACUGAGGAGUGGCGCCGUCUGGUGCUGGCUGCACACAUCGAGGUGGUGCUGCCAUGUAAUUUAAAACACACGCAAUAUGAACACGAACCAUGGAGACGUAUACAGUCUCCAUAUACGAACACACGAACACGAACACACACACACACAUACACACACACACACACUCGCGCGCGCGCAUGAGCAUAUACAGUUUAAUCGAUAAAAACAUAAAACUCACACACGUGUUAUGUGCACUGUUAUUUGCACGUAUGUUUAAAUUUUACACACUUUUCUUACAUUGGUAACUUGAUAAUCUAACCAACUAACUAAACCUAUAAUUAAAUUCUAUUCUGCACUGUAGUUUCGUUUGAUUUUUACCUGUGAGUGUUAAUGACAAAAGACAUCUAUUA